UCCCCAUUCGUUGGCUCCAUUCAGUGUCGAGCGCAGCAGCAGGGACAGCGACGACACCGACAUCCUCGACAGCGAUCACUUGCACCCCGUCGGCGCGCAGAUGAAACGCUGACCACGAUACCCAUCACUUUCGCCGCCGACCCCGCCGCCCCACUCUUAUCACCCCCAGCCGCCGCCGCUCCAUCUCCGGUUCUCCCGUCCCAGCGCGCCCACCCCCACACGCAAUGGGCGGCGACGAAGCUCUUGCAGAGUGGUUUGGCCUCCUGUCCAUCGGGUUCUGGCUCUGUGCCCAGCUCCCGCAGGUGAUCAAGAACUACCAGCUCAAGUCGUGCGAUGGCCUGUCCCUGCCGUUCCUUGUCAACUGGCUCUUCGGCGAUCUCACAAAUUUCAUCGGUUGUGUGCUCACCGACCAGCUGCCGUUUCAGACCUACCUUGCCGCCUACUUCUGCGUAGUCGACGUCACACUUGUCGGCCAGUUCUUCCACUACAGGCCCAAAGUUGCUGCAGCGACGCCAAGGCAGAGCUCGCUCUCCCACCCCUCACCGCGCACCUCGCUUAUCCUUCCCCCACCCGCCCAGCGCGACCGGUCCCAUGUCCGGAGCACGACAUUACCUGGUGGCGGACCACCAUCACCAACCCCGUUGUACGGCCAUGUCCAUGGUCACGCGCACGCAAACAGCUUACCGUUGACACGGCCGACGAGUGGGCGCGGCACCAGGCGCGGACGACCGCCCCUUUCGCGUGACCCAUCACAGGGCGACUUUAGCCGCCUCCCGACGACCGACUCAGCAGAGGCGCUGUACGCUGCCGCGCUCGAUGUUGCGCGUGCCGCGGAGCGCGUCCACGCCCGGAGGUCAACAAGCAACCGCCCCCGCCCUCGCCAUGCUGCUACUGUACCAGCGCCUCGGUCAGACUCUCAAGCCGCAUUAAACAGCACGCAGAGCGAGGUGUCGUUACAUUCAAGCAGCACCGAUGACGAGGACGAGGACGCGGCUCAUGCGCGGUUAACGCAGAGCGUUGGCGCGCUCGCCGAGCCGCGCGGCCGCACUCUGACGCGCAACUCGACUGGCCUGGCCACGCCGCAGAACGAGCUGGAGCAAAGCGACACACUCGACGACCUACGCGACUCGCACGUCCUCGAGAUCCGGCGCAGGGUAGGCAGCCGCAGCCAGAAUCGGAGCGGGAGCCAGGCGCGUGCUCGUGGCUCGGGGCGCAGGGCGGCCACUGUCGCCUUCAUGGGGCUGGGGCUAUUGUUCUGGCGCGGGGCGGUGCCUGGUGUGGUCGUCCCCCGCGGUGGUGGUGGAGAGGGACACGUCGUGGAGCGGAUAGAGCAAGUGUCGGCCGCGUCCUCGGUCUCGGCAUGGCACACUGCGCCUUUGCACCCGCCAGUGCUUGGCUACCGACCGAGAACUUUCGUCACGUUCGAGGACCCGGAGGACCCGCGCGACCCGCCUCCCCCGCCGCCACCCAAGGACGAGGAACCGGAUCUUAAAGAAGUCAUUGGACGCAUAUCGGCGUGGUGCUGUACCACGCUGUACCUGACGUCGCGUCUGCCCCAGAUCUGGAAGAAUUUCCAGCGCAAAUCCGUCGAAGGCCUCUCGAUCCUUCUCUUCAUCUUUGCAUUCUUAGGCAACGUGGCGUACGUCGCGUCGAUCGUGUUCCGCCCGGCGCCACCCGGCGAGGGCGCACACUACCUGCUCAAGGCCCUGCCUUAUCUGCUCGGAUCCGGAGGGACGCUCCUCUUCGACCUGACGAUCAUGAUCCAGUCGGUGAUUUACGGCUCGGCGCCACCAGUGCCCGAGUCGCCGCUCGACCACCCGCGGCCCCGGCGCACUUACUCGAGCCGCCGUCGCCCGCGGCACGCCGACACAUGGUCUGCUGGGCAGCACGCGAGCUUCCACGCCGAAGAUGGAUUGGCCACGAGCGAGCGCCGCCCUCUGCUUUCGGCUGGUGCGAGCCCGAUCCGGACGACUUCCGACGCCUGGGGCGCGCGUAAGGACAGCGGGACGAGCGCCCACAGCUCGGGCGGCAGCGCUGGGAACUCGGGCCUUGUGAUGACUAGCGGCGGCGGCAGCGCGAGCGGCCUCGGCGUCCGGCUGUACGGGAGUACUGGCGACGCGAGCGCCCCAAGCGCAGGGGCGAGCCCCGGCGGACAGUAGGCAAUUGCAUAAGGAGUGCAUAGAAUGUUGUACAAGUAGAUGACUUGUGUGCGUGUGUGGUGG